CUGGGUGAAGCUGGAGGAGGCUGUGGCGAGAUGAGGACCAUCAUACUGAGCCUGGGGCUGGCCCAGCUCUGCUUGCUGCACGUGGAGGCUGAGGACCAGGGGCCUGCGGAGAUAGACAAGAGCAAGAUUGCAGGGAAAUGGCACAUUGUUGCUCUGGCUUCAGACUCUGAAGGCUACCUCCGUAAGAAGGAUGAGCUGAAGAUGGCAAUGGCCAACAUCUCGCUGCUGAAGAAUGGCACCCUGAAAGUCUCCUUUGCUAUUCCCACCUCAGAGGGAUGUAAGAAAUCAGAGCUGAUCUUUAAGAAAACAGGUGUCCAGGGUGAAUUCUACCGCUCUGAAAAAGGUGAUAAAACAGCGCAGGUGAUGAAAACCGACUACAAGAGCUAUGCAAUGAUAUUUGUAUCCAGAGUGAAGGAUGGGAAGACCUUGCAUAUGCUGAGGCUCUACAGCAGAACCCAGGAGGUGAGCCAAGAAAUCACAGAGCUGUUCAGGAAGCUUGCCAAUGAACUGGGCUUCACCGAUGAAAUGAUCAAGAUGCUGCCCAGCCAAGAGGAAUGUGGCAUUGAAGAACCAUAGGAGGCACAGGACUGGCUGAUGGAUGUUCCUCUCUAAGAAAGGCAAAACCCACACUCUGAAGCUCCAGGCUGCCUCUGCCAUCCCUCUUCUGAGCACAGUGGUCAGGGCUCUGAUGCAUCGUCUGCUUCUCCAGUGUGUACUCCCUUCUCUUUAACAAAUAAAAAGAAUCAGGUCUUCCA